GCACUCUGCCCUGCCUUUUCUGCAGUGGCUGGGAUUCAAACUCUGGCUCUUGUGCUUGCAGAGCAAGUGCUGCCACCCUCUGAACGUUUUCCCAGCCCUGUUUUUUGAGACAGGACUUUGUAAUGCAGCUCAGACUCUCUGAAAGUCAUCAUCCUCUUGCCUCAGUCUUCCCAGUGCCUAGGUUACAGGCAUAUACCAUCAUGCCUGGCUAUGUGAGGUUCUUGUUUGUUUUGUUCUGAGACAGGAGUUCCUUCUAUAGCCUUGGCUGCUCACGAACUGUUGCUGAUGGACCUGUCUCUCCAAAUUUUGAUAUCACAGACUAUACUGUAUCCGAGGAGCCUCCUGCAUGUCCUGCUGCCCUGGGCUCUCACAAGCUAGGUGACAGCGUGUUAAUGCUGCCACCAUGAAUGAGGUAUCUGUCAUCAAAGAAGGCUGGCUCCACAAACGUGGUGAAUACAUCAAGACCUGGAGGCCCCGGUACUUCCUUCUGAAGAGUGAUGGAUCUUUCAUUGGGUAUAAGGAGAGACCCGAGGCCCCCGACCAGACCUUACCCCCCCUGAACAAUUUCUCUGUAGCAGAAUGCCAGCUGAUGAAGACUGAGAGGCCACGACCCAACACCUUUGUCAUACGCUGCCUGCAGUGGACCACAGUCAUUGAGAGGACCUUCCAUGUAGACUCUCCAGAUGAGAGGGAAGAAUGGAUGCGGGCUAUCCAGAUGGUUGCCAACAGUCUGAAGCAACGGGGCCCAGGUGAGGAUGCCAUGGAUUACAAGUGUGGCUCCCCAAGUGACUCUUCCACAUCUGAGAUGAUGGAGGUAGCUGUCAACAAGGCACGGGCCAAAGUGACCAUGAAUGACUUCGAUUAUCUCAAACUCCUCGGCAAGGGCACCUUCGGCAAAGUCAUUCUAGUUCGAGAGAAGGCCACUGGCCGCUAUUAUGCCAUGAAGAUCCUGCGGAAGGAGGUCAUCAUUGCAAAGGAUGAAGUUGCCCAUACAGUCACAGAGAGCCGGGUCCUGCAGAAUACCAGGCACCCCUUUCUUACAGCCCUGAAGUAUGCCUUCCAGACCCAUGACCGUCUGUGCUUUGUGAUGGAGUAUGCUAACGGGGGUGAGCUCUUUUUCCACCUCUCUCGGGAGCGAGUCUUCACAGAGGAUCGGGCGCGCUUUUAUGGCGCAGAGAUUGUAUCAGCUCUGGAGUAUUUGCACUCAAGAGAUGUGGUGUACCGCGACAUCAAGCUGGAAAACCUUAUGUUGGACAAAGAUGGCCACAUCAAGAUCACUGACUUUGGAUUGUGCAAAGAGGGCAUCAGUGAUGGGGCCACCAUGAAAACCUUCUGUGGUACCCCGGAGUACUUGGCGCCUGAGGUGCUAGAGGACAAUGACUACGGGCGCGCAGUGGACUGGUGGGGGCUGGGUGUGGUCAUGUAUGAGAUGAUGUGUGGCCGCCUGCCCUUCUACAACCAGGAUCAUGAGCGCCUCUUCGAGCUCAUCCUCAUGGAGGAGAUCCGCUUCCCACGCACGCUUGGGCCAGAGGCCAAGUCCCUACUGGCUGGGCUGCUGAAGAAGGACCCUAAGCAGAGGCUCGGCGGAGGUCCCAGUGAUGCAAAGGAGGUCAUGGAGCAUAGGUUCUUCCUCAGCAUCAAUUGGCAGGAUGUGGUACAGAAAAAGCUCCUGCCACCCUUCAAACCUCAGGUCACUUCAGAAGUGGACACAAGGUACUUCGAUGAUGAAUUUACCGCCCAGUCCAUCACAAUCACACCCCCAGACCGAUAUGACAGCCUGGGCUCGCUGGAACUGGACCAGCGGACGCACUUCCCCCAGUUCUCCUACUCAGCCAGCAUCCGAGAGUGAGCAGCCCUCUGCCACCACAGGACACAAGCAUGGCUGUCAUCCACUGCCUGGGUGUUUUUUUUAAAAAAAACUUUAUUUUGCCUUUUGGUUUGUGUCCCCUUCCCUGUUCCCCUCAACCCAUAUCCAGUUUCUUCUUCAGUUCUUGCUCAGAUGUAGCGGUCCUAGCGGCCCUCUCCUCUGGCCUCCCCUCUGUUCCAGAUGAGUGCUGGGUACCUGCCCAGGGACAGACUAUUGGGAGGAUGGAGAGUGAGGUCAUUAAUCACCACCAGCCUCCAAGAGGGUGAAGUGGGGGGCCAUAGGGCCACCUGGACUUGGAGGCAAACCAGCGGAGGACACAUCUAGAAGUUCCCCUCACGCCCAGCACCCCAGCUGCCUUCUAUGCUGUCAUCUGGGCAGUCUACCUGCUGCCACCCCACCUGGGGCAGAAGAGCAAUAAUGUCCAGGGACAGGCAGAAGCCUUUGGAAGCUGAGGGAUCUGGGUUUGGUUCCAUGGAAAAUGGAGCCAAGUCCUUGGAUCUUCAUGGGGGGAUCCAGGAGCAGCAGCUGCCUUCCUCUUCCUCCCAAGCUGCUCUCUCGAUUCUCAAUAAAGCAGGAGGAACCUUUGGGGGCAGCCCUCCUGCCCACAGCCCAGUGCCUUACCAGGGCUUCCUUCUAACCAGCCUUGCCUCCCGCUGGGCCCCUUUGGAUGGCUCCAUUCUCUGCCUGGGGCAGAGGGAAGCCAACCUUGGCUGUUACACAUCUCACACCAAGACAGUAUUGGGCCCCUUGGACUUGACUGGGGUCUGAGAGGGGACAGAGAUGGGGACAGGUGUCUCUGAUACACAGCGGGGUGGAGUCUGCCUCAUCUCCAGAGCCCCUGUUCUGGAGCCUUAAAGUGAAUGUUUGAGUGAAAGUCGUGUCAGUGCUGUGGGUGCAGGUGACCUAGCAGUGAGCAUCUCAGGCUCCUGGGACCCUGGUACCCACAGCUGUGUGCAGCACUUGUGUGAGUGGGACCCUGGUGCCCACAGCUGUGUGCAGCACUUGUGUGAGAGGGACACUGGUGCCCACAGCUGUGUGCAGCACUUGUGUGAGUGAGCUCAGGCUUCAACCCCAGCCUGAGUGUUUGAUCCCAUGGGGUGCAGUGAGUGCAGGCGACUCAUUCGCCUGCUGCUCUGGCCAUGUCUCUCCCUCCUCAGUAUCUCUGGGUGUUUGGAAAUGAGUUUUUCUGGUUUUGCUCUCCCACCACACCCCCAGAAUAGGCAGAUUUCAGAAAGGCAGUAGGGUGGGAUGGCAGGGGAUGGUUAUGGGGGUCAUCUGUUUUUUUACUUUUUAUGUGUGUAUGUUUAUCUGAGAGUUUUCUCCCAUCCCUACUGACCUUUCCUUACUCCUCGUAUUUGUACGGUACAAGCAAUAAAGACACUCAUUUCAGACCACG